AUGGAUUCCACCACGGCCACUGCCGAGCUCGGCUGGACGGUGCACCCAGCAUCAGGGUGGGAGGAGGUGAGCGGCUACAACGAGAACAUGAACACCAUAAGGACAUAUCAAGUCUGCAACGUCUUUGAAUCCAGCCAGAAUAACUGGUUACGGACCAAGUAUAUCCGAAGACGCGGGGCUCAUCGGAUCCACGUGGAGAUGAAGUUCUCCGUCCGCGAUUGCAGCAGCAUUCCCAACGUCCCGGGAUCUUGCAAGGAAACCUUCAACCUUUACUACUACGAAUCGGACUUCGACGCAGCUACAAAGAGCUUUCCCGCCUGGAUGGAGAACCCCUGGGCCAAGGUGGACACCAUUGCGGCCGACGAGAGCUUCUCACAGGUGGACCUUGGGGGACGGGUGAUGAAGAUCAACACGGAGGUGCGGAGCUUUGGGCCCGUCUCCAAGAACGGAUUUUACUUGGCCUUCCAAGAUUAUGGGGGUUGCAUGUCCUUAAUUGCUGUCCGCGUCUUCUACCGUAAGUGCCUGCGCAUCAUCCAGAACGGCGCCAUCUUCCAGGAGACGCUGUCUGGAGCGGAGAGUACAUCUUUGGUAGCGGCCAGAGGCACCUGCAUCCCCAAUGCUGAAGAGGUGGACGUCCCAAUCAAAUUGUAUUGCAACGGGGAUGGGGAAUGGCUGGUCCCCAUCGGGCGCUGCAUGUGCAAAUCCGGCUACGAAUCAGUGGAGAAUGGCACCAUCUGCAGGGGCUGCCCUUCUGGGACAUUCAAAGCCAACCAAGGUGAUGAAAGCUGCAUCCACUGUCCCAUCAACAGCCGGACCACGUCGGAGGGUGCCACCAACUGCGUCUGCCGGAACAGCUAUUACCGCGCGGACUCGGAUCCGCUGGACAUGCCCUGCACCACCAUCCCAUCAGCUCCCCAGACUGUCAUUUCUAGCGUGAACGAAACCUCUUUGAUGCUGGAAUGGAGCCCGCCCCGGGAUUCUGGGGGCCGCGAGGAUCUGGUCUAUAACAUCAUCUGCAAGAGCUGUGGGUCUGGGCGCAGAGCCUGCACCCGCUGCGGGGACAAUGUCCAGUUCACGCCGCGUCAGCUGGGCCUGACCGAGCCCCGCGUGUAUAUCAGCGAUCUCUUAGCCCACACGCAGUACACCUUUGAGAUCCAAGCGGUGAACGGCGUCACCGACCAGAGCCCUUUCUCGCCCCACUUUGCCUCCGUCAACAUCACCACCAACCAAGCCGCUCCUUCAGCGGUGUCCAUCAUGCAUCAAGUGAGCCGGAUGGUGGACAGCAUCACCCUCUCGUGGUCUCAGCCGGACCAGCCCAAUGGGGUCAUCCUGGACUAUGAACUGCAGUACUAUGAGAAGGAUCUGAGCGAGUUCAAUGCCACGGCGGUCAAGAGUCCCACCAACACCGUGACCAUCCCCAACCUCAAGGCCGGGACCAUUUACGUCUUCCAGGUGCGAGCCCGCACGGUGGCCGGCUACGGGCGCUACAGCGGGAAGAUGUACUUCCAGACCAUGACAGAAGCUGAGUACCAGACCAGCAUCCAGGAGAAGCUGCCCCUGAUUAUUGGCUCCUCAGCAGCAGGCCUGGUCUUCCUCAUUGCCCUGGUGGUCAUCGUCCUUGUGUGCAACAGAAGACGUGGAUUUGAGCGCGCCGAUUCUGAGUACACCGACAAGCUGCAGCAUUACACCAGUGGCCACAGUAUGUAUGAAGGGGGCAGAUUUGGGCCAGUCGGGGGCAUUACUCCUGGCAUGAAGAUCUACAUCGAUCCCUUCACCUACGAAGACCCCAAUGAGGCCGUCAGGGAGUUUGCGAAGGAGAUUGACAUCUCGUGUGUCAAAAUCGAGCAGGUGAUUGGGGCAGGAGAAUUUGGUGAGGUGUGCAGCGGCCACCUGAAGUUGCCGGGCAAAAGGGAGAGCUUUGUGGCCAUCAAGACUCUGAAAUCGGGGUACACCGAGAAGCAGCGGCGGGAUUUCCUGAGCGAAGCCAGCAUCAUGGGUCAGUUCGACCACCCCAACGUGAUCCACUUGGAGGGGGUGGUGACAAAGAGCUCCCCAGUCAUGAUAGUCACCGAAUUCAUGGAGAACGGUUCCUUGGAUUCCUUCCUCCGGCAAAAUGAUGGGCAAUUUACUGUGAUCCAGUUGGUGGGGAUGCUAAGGGGCAUCGCCGCUGGCAUGAAAUACCUCGCUGACAUGAACUACGUCCACCGUGACUUGGCGGCACGCAACAUCCUGGUCAACAGCAACCUGGUCUGCAAGGUCUCUGACUUUGGGCUCUCCCGCUUUUUGGAAGACGAUACCUCGGACCCCACCUAUACCAGCGCUCUGGGUGGGAAGAUCCCGAUCCGCUGGACGGCGCCUGAAGCCAUCCAGUAUCGAAAGUUCACUUCCGCCAGUGAUGUGUGGAGCUACGGCAUUGUCAUGUGGGAGGUGACCUCCUAUGGGGAGAGGCCUUAUUGGGAUAUGACCAACCAGGACGUAAUCAAUGCCAUUGAGCAAGACUAUCGAUUGCCACCAUCCAUGGACUGUCCCAAUGCUCUUCAUCAGCUCAUGUUGGACUGCUGGCAGAAGGACCGCAACCACCGGCCCAAAUUUGGACAGAUUGUCAACACCUUAGACAAGAUGAUCCGAAACCCCAACAGCCUGAAAGCCAUGGCACCCCUUUCCUCAGGGAUUAAUCUCCCCUUGUUGGACCGCACGAUCCCGGACUAUUCCAGCUUCAACACGGUCGAUGAAUGGCUUGAAGCGAUCAAGAUGGGCCAAUAUAAAGACAGUUUUGCCAGCAACGGUUUCACCAGCUUCGACCUGGUUUCCCAGAUGACCAUGGAAGACAUCCUGCGAGUCGGAGUGACGCUGGCCGGCCACCAAAAGAAGAUCCUGAACAGCAUUCAAGUGAUGCGCACGCAGAUGAACCAGAUCCAGUCCGUGGAAGUUUGA